AUGAUGCGCAUCACAGCACUUUGUGGUGUGAGUGAUUUAUUCCCUAGAUUCUGUUUGGAGAACAUGCAUAACUUUGUGGUAGAAGCUGACACAGCACUACAGGGGAAACAAUUCUCAGCGAUAUAUUUUUUAGGCAGAGCUUUUCGGAGUUCUCGGCACCUCGUGGUUGCUCCAGAGCAAUCGGCUCAAAUUAGCAGAGAGUCUGAGAGGCUGACUCCAAAGAUGGCACUCAGCUUUCUGCACAGAACUUUCAAGGUCGACUCAGCCAAUCAUGACGGACCACUUUUGAGGGGAUGUAUCCAUCGAGGGCACCUUGCUGCCAAAGAGCGCUCAAGAUCGAGGGGGUGCAGCGAUUCAGACGAUCCUGAUGCUGGUCAUGAAGAGCCAUCUUCACAGAGGAACUAUGACAAAUCAGAGGAUCUUUGUGGCGGUGCGAGUCAGCCAUCUUCGUUGAGGGAGAUCAGCGACAAAGACAUGGAGAUGCUGAGAGACAAUGUGCGGAAGAAAACCGGGCGCCUCACGGGGCUUCUGAUCCGGCCAGAAUAUGCUCAACAGUUUUUCACCUGCGGGAAGACUUUAGAGAUUCGCAGCAAGCCGAUCAAAUUCCUGGAGAGAGGGGAUGGUGUAGUGUUGGUCAGUUCAGGCAAAGGCUCCAACCGGGUCUGCCUUGGGAUUUUGAGGUUCAUUCAAUCCCUGAAGAUAGAGGAUUGUGAUUUUUCAAGAUACUACGAUUGCCACAAGCUCAGUGAAGAGGAUUACAAGUGUUUGAAGGCCGGCUGGAAGAAAGCUGACCAGGAGAGCUGUUUUGCUUGGCACUUUGAGCCGGUGCAUUGUUUUGACGAGCCUCUUCACUUCAAUCGGCGUUUUAUUGGCACAGAAGUUUGGAUGUACUUUGAUUUGUCAUGCCUGUGCCUGCGCAAACAACCUUCCGAGCAAACUCGGGGUGACCAGGGCGCAACUUUGGAGGAUGUCUCGCCACACCCUCAACCGGCAGAGCCAGGGUCAGAGACCCAAGCCAGCCGAGACUGGCCACCUGUUCACUGGGCCAAUCACUAUUUGACUUCGGUGGGCCUAAACCACGAUACUUUCACCAAGCCUUUGGAUGAGCCUAUAGUAGUUUCAACGGCCUGCAGCGGUUCCGGAGCACCGUCCCAUGCGCUCGCCCAGCUUAUUGGCAAGACCAAUUUCCACGAAGCUGUGAGCUCUGAGAAACAUGCAGACACUGCUUGUUGGCUGAUGCGGAACUUUGAUGUGAAUCACUGCUUCCGAGAUAUACGCAGUGCACGGACUGGUGGAUACUGUAUGAAGCACAAAUCGAACUGCGCUGCACGCCCCACUUUCGAGACCGAGGGCUACGAGCCAGAGGAUAUUUACAUUUCCGGCUUUGUGUGUAAGCUAUUUAGCCAGGAGAGCAACGUCAGGUUCCACCAUGCAACCGUGAGUGACAUGUUCACUGACCCCAAAUUUGCUGAGCGCGCUCUUCCGUUCCUGGAAACAUCUCGUUAUGUUAGGUCGCACAGGCCGCGGAUCGUCAUUCUCGAGAAUGUCUCAGGCUGCCUGAAAUCUUGCAAAGGUGUUCCAGACAGCGAUCCAUACAAGACACCGGUUGACUUCUUCCUGCGUGGCAAAAUGCCUGACCAGCAUGGACAGUGGGAGCCGGUUGGAUUGUCACUGAUUCCCGGCUACUACCUCCGUAUCUUCACGUUGAGAUCCCGGGACUUUGGAGUUCCGCAAACACGGACUCGAUUGUAUUUCAUCAUGCUGCGCACCGACCUGCCAGCAGUCAAUCACUCAACUUUGGAUCGCAUUGAGGAUUUGCUUCGUCAGUUUCAGGACUCUAUCCUGGAAAAGGGUGGGCCAUUCACGAUUUGGGAUGCCAUCAAGUAUGCGAAGGCUGCGCGCCACAACUUCAAACCAGGCACGGAUAUGGCAAACGCUCCCGGACCUUUUGAGAAGAUCGCUUUCGGGAAGAUGCGGGAGGCAAUGGAUCGCAUUCGCAAGGAAAUCGGGCUGGCGGAUGUCAGCGAAUCUGAAUACCGGAAGUAUUCCUUGUCCUGCCGGACAAAAGAUCCGACUUGGGGAGCAGGCUUGAAUGCCAGGGAGGCUGAGCAAUUGGACUUGAUGUUUCACGUCGCCCCAGUUGAGGAGCGUGGCUCUUUGGUUACUGACGUAAUCAAAUCAAUGGGCAGACGGACACUGCGUACUGAUGGCUUGAGUCCAACGCUGACGACAAAUUCCAAGAUAUACGAUUUCCGGAAUGGAAUCUUGCUGGAUGGUCCUUUCCUCCUAGCUUUGCACGCUUUCAAUUUGGAGAUGCUGGAUAUGGGGUCAAGAUUCAAGCCCUGCUUCUACCGAUUGUUGACAGGCAAUGCCAUGACUGUCCCUGUAAUCGGAGCUUGCUUGACUGCAGCACUCUUGACCAGUGGCCUACGAGACCAUUGGACCAUGCCUUACCUGAGCCAGGCCCAGAUGUCUCACCCUGGCGGCGUGAGUGAGCCCGCGACUCCUUCCGCACCAUCGAUGUCAGACUCGGACUCAGACCUGGAGUCAACAGAGUCAAGCGCAAGCCAGACUUUGACAUAG